GUAGGUUGCAACAGUUGGAGAGGGUCCCUUGCAAAAUAAUUGUGUUUCGGAGCGCGCUCUGUCUCUCUUCAAUUCCAUACGUUUUUUUUUGUCGAUCAUCAUCAUCAUCAUCGUCCUCUCCUUCAUCUCCCACCUUCAUGUCCCGCUGAGACUCUCCCCCGACAUCAUAUGGCAUUGGCAUGCACGCACAGCCAUGCACAACUCCGAUCCACACAGCAAGAACCACCACCACCACCACCUAGUAAGCCCUAGGAUCUCCUUCUCCAAUGACUUCGCCGAGUCGCAGUACACGGCGAAGCAAGAGCGGCAGGCCCCGGCCCCGGCCGCCGCCGCCUCUUCCGACUUCGAAUUCUCCGUCUCGAGCAAUUCGAUGAUGAGCGCCGACGAGCUCUUCUGCAAGGGCAAGCUCUUGCCGUUUAAGGAAAAAGCAACGGCGAAGAGCAGCACCACCACCACCCUGAGAGAAGAGCUCCUCGCGGGCGAAGAAGGCAGCGGCGGUGCUGGCUCAUCGUUCAGGCCUCCAAAAGGGUCUGGCAGAUGGAGGGGCUUCUUGGGUUUGAGGAAGAGCCACAUUGGUUCCAAGAAAGCUGAUAAGUCGUGCGAGGCAUCUUGUGAUAGCAAGAGGACAGCUGGUUUUGGACCGGUUCCUGAUAACAUGCACUAUCAUGGCAAGACUUCACAGGAAAUGAUGAGGCAGGGAGGGUCGAAUAGUUGCAGGGAUGAGGAGAUGGAGAUGUAGUAGCUCUUUUAAGCAGAGAGAUAUGCUUCAAGGUCUUGAAUUUGUAAGAGCACCGAGGGGAGAAUUUGAACUUUUUGCUUUUUCCUGAUUUUUUUUUAUCUUCCUUUUUCUGCGGAUGAAGAUUACUUGGAGGAGGUCAUGUUCCAAGAUUUAGAGACAAACAAAUUUGUGUUUCCAUUUCGGUUGUUUUAGGUUGAAUCUUGAUAUUGUGGUGUCCUCCUUUUCUUGGCAUCUUGCCGUUUCUAGUUUGCUUCUGAUGUUCUAAUGAAUUUGGUUGGUUUUUAGCUGUUCUUUGUAUAAUACUAUUUCGAUUUGGUGGUCUUGACCCA